CUUUAACCGUACAGCUAUCUAUUUUCAUCAUGAAAAGACAAACGAAAAAUUAAUUUACAAGUUAAAAGAAUCAUGUAAAAAUACGUCUAUAAAAUUUAAUUUAGUCGUCGAUAGUGUUUACGAAAGAAUUAUCACGCAAGAAGUACAGGAUAUUGCAUUCAAAACGUCUAAUGUUCUUGUGUGUUAUUCAUCUAAUUUUAAAAAAACACUAAACGACAUGUUCGAUAAAUUGUUACGGGAAGAGGCAGAUUUCAAACAGAAAGGUUCUGGAUGGUCGCUUAAGGUAAUAGAAACAAUGCAGUUAAGAAUCAAUAUAGUGAAUCCUCUCAAAGGAGGAACAUAUAUUGAUUUACCCAAACAUGUUAAAGAUAAAAGAGCGAUUAUCAAUGUAAAAAAUAGUGAUAAUAAAUGUUUUAAAUCUGCAUUAUUAUCUAAGUUUGAUAAUCGCUCUAACAAAAAUAAUUUUAGUGAAAAAUAUUUUAAGAUGUUAGAAGUAAAAAGCGGCUUAAAUUUUAAAUGUGUUGAUUUUCCAACACCAAUUAGUCAGAUACCUAAAUUUGAACGUAUUAACAAUAUUUCAUAAACAUUUUCAGUUUGA